GCUGUUGCUCAUGUAAAUGACGUGUCAGUGAACUAACAUGCGUCGUUGAUGAAUUCAGUGUGAGCUGGAGUCGUGCUCAAAUACCGAGCCGUGCCGUUCCAGUUGGUGGUGGUGACUCGGGGCUAAUCCUCAGCGGCGCCACUUUAGAAAAACAGUCUCGCGGGCCAAUCUAGGCGAACCAGACAGUUCGUGGCUAGCGGUCCUGCUGUGAGAACCGCGGCGCGAUUGGCCGAGAGGUGCGUGCCCUGUGACACCUGACCGCCGAUUGGCUGCGGCGUGUCGAGACACUGACGCGCACGUCGUCUCCCAGCUAUUGUUAUUGUGGCGUGCACGAGAGGAAGGGGCAAGAUGCACGAGGAGACAGUGGGUCUGAUAAAGGGAUGAAACAACUGAGAAACAUCAAGCUAGCGCAGUAGAGCCACUGAGAAACGCUGGCUUUCUCCACUACAGGAAUUCACAGAGAAAUCCCCCCGUGAACACAGCGAGACACUCAGAUCUAACAAAAAUCGCUAUAAACACAAACGGCAGCUCUGGGCAGCAGACACAGCACGCAGAGCUGUCGGAGUGCAACACUUGAGGCAAUUGUCGAACAGCUCAGCGAUCGUUCUGUCCAAGUUCUUCUCUACUUUGGCUGAUGUGGAACGAUUCAGAGCUGGGCCAUCAUGAUGCCAGUGAACUUUCUGGUCACUCAUUGGUGGACCAACUUAACACCAGCACCAUCAUGUCAGUAAACCCACCAAGCAGCAACGAUGCCUGCCUCAGCAUCGUCCACAGCCUCAUGUGCCACCGGCAGGGCGGGGAGAACGAGGGCUUUGCUAAGCGCGCCAUCGAGAGUCUGGUGAAGAAGCUAAAGGAGAAGAAGGACGAGCUGGACUCUCUCAUCACUGCCGUCACCACCAAUGGUGUUCAUCCCAGCAAGUGUGUCACCAUCCAGAGGACUCUAGAUGGACGGCUGCAGGUGGCAGGCAGGAAAGGCUUCCCUCAUGUGAUUUACGCACGGCUGUGGCGCUGGCCUGACCUCCACAAGAAUGAACUAAAGCAUGUCAAAUUCUGCCAGUAUGCUUUUGACCUCAAGUAUGACAGCGUGUGUGUCAACCCCUACCAUUAUGAGAGGGUGGUGUCACCAGGCAUCGUUGGUCUCAGCCUUCAAAACACAGCUGCAUCGAGCGGACUAAUCAAAGAAGAAUACAUCCCUGAUUGUAUACAGAUGGACCUUCCGCCUGGUAUGCCUCUGUCCGACCACCAAGCAGCUCCAGACCACUAUAGUCCCCUUCUGCCCCCUUCUGAACCCCACGGCCCCCCACCUGUUACCAGAUACUCUAACCUGGCUGUGUCACCCAAAGUGCCUGCCUCUGGCUCCAUGCUGCCACUGCAGGGCAGUCAUGGUGAUGGCUGUCUCCAAACUCCAUCUCCACAGGCUCAAGUCAUUCAACAACGACCUCAAAGCCCACCCCAGGUUUCCUCUCAGCAGCAGGCUGCCCAGCAUCCCUCGCAGCACACCCACUCACAGCAGCCCCCUCUACCUCCCUCUCAUUUGAAUAGACAGAAUGGAUACAGCAGCAAUACGCAGUCUCAGACUCAGCCUUCAUUCCACACUGUUUGGACAGGCAGUAGCACGGCCUCCUACACUCCCAUUGGACCCCAGCAGGAAGGGCGCGGUCACCAACAGCCUCCUCUGCAUCUUCCAAACCAUCACUGGUCCCAGCAUCACAGCUCAACCUCUUUCCCUCCUUCAGGGUCCAGUCACUCAGGACCAGAGUUUUGGUGCUCUGUCUCCUACUUUGAAAUGGAUGUUCAGGUGGGGGAGAUGUUCAAGGUGCCUUCCAGCUGCCCGGUAGUGACUGUGGAUGGUUAUGUUGACCCGUCAGGAGGUGAUCGCUUCUGCCUCGGCCAGCUGAGUAAUGUCCAUCGCACAGAUGCAAGUGAGAGGGCCAGGCUACACAUAGGCAAAGGUGUGCAGCUGGAGUGUCGUGGUGAGGGGGAUGUGUGGAUGCGCUGUAUGAGCGACCAUGCUGUGUUUGUACAGAGCUACUACCUCGAUCGGGAAGCGGGCCGGGCACCAGGUGAUGCUGUGCACAAGAUCUACCCUGGAGCCUACAUCAAGUUGUGUCUCGGUCAGGUAUUCGACCUACGGCAGUGCCACAGACAGAUGCAGCAGCAGGCAGCCACGGCUCAAGCUGCAGCUGCUGCACAGGCAGCCGCUGUCUCAGGAAACAUUCCUGGUCCAGGCAGCGUCGGAGGGAUUGCACCUGCAGUUAGUCUCUCUGCAGCAGCAGGCAUUGGCGUCGAUGACCUGAGGCGACUCUGUAUCUUGCGGCUCAGCUUCGUGAAAGGCUGGGGGCCGGACUACCCCCGUCAGAGCAUCAAACACACUCCCUGCUGGGUGGAGGUCCACCUGCACCGUGCCCUGCAGCUUCUGGAUGAGGUGUUGCACACUAUGCCACUGACUGACCCAGGGCCUGCGAACUGAGAACCCCCAGCAGUCUUUGAAUGUGCACACACCAGACACACAUGGUUGCUUCUUUGUUUCUUCUUCAAAAGGAUUUCUCCAGCAAGUCAGUCAGAAACCAUCAACAACCAAUCAUGCUUGUAGCAAUCACUCAUGCUUUUUGAAACGCACAUACACACUGUAACCAAAAGGUCUGUCCAGACACAUAUAUGCUGAUGUCUUUGGGAUUUUCCUAAUGCUUUAGUCCUAAGAAUCUAAAGUCAAGGCAGGCGACAUUUGAACCCACCAGUAGAGAAAUCCAGGGAUUUGUUUCAGAUAUUCAAUUCUCCGAUAUGCAAGUUGGAUUUCUUCUUGCAGGAGUGUUCUGCACAUUCACUCAUGGAAUAUAAACAGAUGUUUAAAAAUCCAGUCUGGAGUCAAAAGCACCUCAGACAGGAAACUGCAUACCUCUGGAAAAUGCUGUCAGUGAAUCUACGCUGAGCACAUUACACUUCUCUUUAUGUGUCAUUGACGUCAGAGCUGAUGUAGAGGUAUGGAUUAAGGAGACUGGUGUUAUUCCAUCUGCGUACUUGUACUCUGCUCUUCACUCUACGUUGGUUUAUAUUAUUACUACAUUAUUUUUGUACCAAAAGACAAAAAAGCCCAAAACAUUUAGCUUUAACGCCGUGUUGUUGUACUUUGUAAUGAAACAGUGCUACUCUGUAUGUAACCAAAUGGUUGAUAUAACUCAUGAAAGCCAGAUUACCUCAUAAGUACAGUGCAGAGUCACGGCGUCAGGCUGAAGUCAGUCUGUGACUCGGUACCAAAACUAACAGGUCGGCCGAUCAGAUCCUGACGCCAACAUUUAGCUUCACAGCAGAGUGAACUCAUAAGACAGCAACUAACUUCUCACACGCAGAGACAGAAACCCAGACAGUGUUUGCAUGGUCAGACUCAGCAUCUAGCACCAGUCUGUACCUUUGACACCAGUGCCUUUCUGUCCUCUGAGUGACCGCAGCAGUUUACUUGAACUCUGACUGGUUGUGUGCACGAGUUCUGGUUGGGAAGCUGAUUUCAAUCAUCCUGCCCAGUCUGGGUCGUAGUCGAAGCCGUGACUACAGGCUGCAUUCGCCCACAUAUUACACAUAAAUUAUUAUCGCACUUUAUCACACCAGUGGAUCCGUCGGAGCAGUUUGGGGUUAAAUGUCUCGCCGAGGACACUUUGGCUCGUAGAUAAACCUGAAGCACUGACCCGACCCGUAGACAAUCUGCUCGACCUCCUGAGCCAUAAAGUGUAAAGAUCUCAUCAAUCAGAAGAUUGAAUAUUUAAAUGAAAUAAUUGAGCUCAGUGCUUGUAGUUAACUAUCAAAGAGAUAUAAUAAUAAUAAUAAUAUAAUGGGCACAUCUGGACAUUGGCUGUCUCGUGUAAAACCCUGAUGCAUCAUUUCUCUUGUAAUCUUCAACAUGACUGCAGGUGUGAUGGAUUUUUCCCUGAUUUCCCUUAAAUGUAUGGGAAACGUCACCUCGGUGAGGAGUGUCUGACUCGAGCACCCCAACAGUACAGCACACACCCAAAUACACCCUGUGCCUUUGUUUUCUGUCCUCCAAAACACGUGUUACAUAAAGAGUCUUGAAACCACACAGAUGUGUCGUUUAAAGGCAAAGUCAGCUCCCCACUUGUCUGUACGAGUGUAGCUGGAUCUGCCACAGAGUUCAAAUACACUGCACACAACACAGCCUCACAUACAAAGGCGCGUUUGUACCAUGUAGAGAUAAAUCUGCUUUCUUGUGACUUGACAAAAAGAAUUCUGGAGAAAACUGAACUAUAUUAAACGGGAAUGUUGUGUGUUGAUCUAAAUGUGAAUACAUGUACCAACCAGUCUGUGUAGAGAUGCUUGGACACUGUGGAAUCUGCCUGGUUCAGCUGCUUUACAGUGAUCAGCCAUUAACAUAUGAAUAUUUGUGAUGUGUGCCUUUUGUUGUAACAGUAGAUGCACCGACACUGGAUAUAAGAAAACACUAUAAAGAUCGAUGUUGCACAUUGUGAGUUGGUUUUUCAGCUGUUCGAGUCCUUCUGCGAUAUUCUGUGGCUCCCUCAGGUUUCAGCGAUGUGGAGACGGUGCGAGAGAACAGAGGUCCUGCUGACAGAUGACUCUUUGUACCUGAGUAGUGUUAUUUAUUGCCUUAGUCUUUGGUGAGUAAAAUAUUUCAGAGUAUGCUUAGCACUACUUCAUUUUAGCAAGAACGAUAUAAGCAUGUGAUACACGCUGGUUUUCCUCUGUUCACACAGGGUUGUGCAAACCAUCGCAUUUCUAUCAUGUUAUCCAGAUCUUUCUACAACCAGUCACUUUCAUGAUGUGUCUACCAAAGCACCUGUAGAUUGCUAUUGUCUCUUUAUUCAUCACUAUUAAACAUGUACUUGUACUUUUCCAUGUGAGCUGCAGGAUUUACAGUUGGUAUCGAUUAAAAAUAAAAAGAUGUUUCUAGGC